AUGUAUCAUAGUGAACAAAAUAAAGUGUCAAGCACCGACACUACCCGGACACUGUCAGACACCUGGGCAGCGCGAGAAGGGGGCGGAGCGUCCGAUGAGAGUGACAGCUUCACGCGACGUCUCGGGACAUAUGAUGACAGAUGGACGGGAAGAAAAGACAGACAAAUUUUAGCGAGGGCCGGGUUCGUCUUCACAGGUAUCGGAGACAAGGUUGAGUGUGAACGCUGUGGUCUGAAGCUCCUCAACUGGACGGACACAGAUGACGCCCUACACGAACAUGCCACCAGGAGGACUCACUGCCCCUUCAUCGUCUCCUUGUACCGGAAGCUGGGACAGACACCGCCUCCAAAACAUCCCAAGUACCAAUCUCUACAGGCACGGCUAGACUCUUUCGUUGAUUGGCCGAGAAGGUAUGUCCCCAAAACUCCUGAGGAACUGGCAUCAGCGGGCUUCUUCUACAUCGGGUCAGCUGACCGGGUCACGUGUUUCCAGUGUGGGAUAACUCUGAGAGACUGGGAGGAAGAACAUGACCCUGUGGCGGAACAUCAGAGAUACUCGGAACACUGUCAGUUCAUCAACAAGACAGACCUGAACCAGCUUGGAGUUGCCACAAGGAUAUUAGAAGGAACAGCCACAAACCCACAGCUGUUAGACACUUGUAUUCCCAGUGAAGCAAAUCCACAUCUAAAUACUCCAGUAAGAAGACACAAUGAAGACGUUGGUGGAGCAUGUCAGACCAGGUCAGGUUGUGCGUACUCGUCCGAUGUUUUAGCAUCACUUACGAGACCCGAUACAGAGCAUUCAUCUUUUGCAGCACGCACCUUGACUUUUCAAGGUCAUCACCAUUCCGCCCGUGGACACCAUUCCGAAGAUGGUAACGAACAACCACCUCUUUCCAUGUCUACUCCAAAUAUAAGCCCAGUAACUAUAAAUUCUCAACGACUGGCCGAGGAGAACAGGCGUUUGAAAGAAAACCGCACGUGCAGGGUAUGCCAGACUGAGGCUGCCAGCAUGCUUUUCUUGCCCUGUGGUCAUCUGGUCACGUGCUCGGAUUGUGCGCCAAAAGUGUCUGAUUGUUGUGUGUGCGGGAAAACAAUCCUUGGAACAGUUAAAACGUUUCUAACGUGAGAAGUAUAGUAACUG